AGCUGCUGGGCCCAAGAUGAUCUACGGUAUUGAAGGGCUCUGUCUAAUAACCACUGGCUCUCCGUAUUUGCCACCCACCCGACAGGGAACAAUAACAGUUUCCUUCGUCAUCCACGAUAAUGAAUGUGUUUGUUUUCAACGGAGGAGAAUACCUCAACUACACUAUGUCGGCCGCUGUCGGGAACCUCGUUCCUUAUUAACUUAUUACCCUUUUACAGCUUGAGCUGAAAGUCCAAAAAGGACACACACACACACGCACAUGACAUUCUCGCGAUCAGUUCAAUCAGGAUGUUUGUGCCUUUUGUACUUCGAGGCCGCUUGUCAAUGCUGAAUCACUGUCACUGAAUAGGAAACUGACCUCAAAGUGACUUACCAGAAGCAUGAGUAAAUAAUCUGGCUCUGAUGUGUUAAUGCCAUUUGUAUUUAUAUUAUAAAGCAAGGUAUCCCUCCUCUAAAUGAUUGUACAUAUAUAUAUGUAACUGUUAAAGCAGGUAUGUGAGUAAACCUCAUAACUACACCCCAUCAUUUGUCCGGUUACAUUAAGAAAACACAAAGACCAAUAAAUUAAUCAGGAAGGAACCACGUCUACACCAUUAGAAUCUGGUGUUCCCCAUUGCAAUGUUUGGCUUCAUAAAAUAAAAAAUUAGGUGUGGUUGUGUCAACAUUUCAUGUGAGGCUUCAUAAAUAGGCCUAAUGGAAAAUUGUUCAAGUGACUCCAAAAAAGUCCCACGCUGCUGCAAGAUCGGAGGUCAGUGGAAAAGAAUAGUUUAGCUUAAUCCAUCAGGACGGGUUGUCACAGGAACCGUACAUUAAAAAGCAUUUUAUAAAUGUGCUGAAACGACUAUCAUCUGGUUUUUGGACAGGUGAUAAUGUGUGUGGGUGUAACCUUGGUGUUGGCUUUUCUAUGAGGGUAAAUGUAGCUGGUGUUUCAUGUUUACAGUAAAGAUUAAGAACAGUGCAGUGUUUACUGACCCCUGACCAAUUGACCCUGAAGGUGUCAAUAGAGACGUGAGCGCUGUUUUCUCCCCUCAUAUCACAUGGGCCAUGUCAACCAUAAACUCUAGACUACCCACCCCACCUCUCCUUUUAUUCUGCCUCCUUUUUAACCCUCCGCGGCAGUUCAUUUAAUUUUCUUUUCUUUUCCCUCCCCGAUUACUAUGGUUUUAAUAUGUUGAAGACACAUCAGACAAAUAAGUGCUAAUUUAUGUCAAAUCCUGCUGUGGCUCUUUGUUCCUCCGAGGCCUCAUCGGGUCACCCUCCAGCUUCGGCUCAGCGUUCAAUUAAAGCCCCUCGUCCCAUCAGAGCAGAUCACGUCAAGUGCUGCACCUACUGGCUGCUGCUGGACCCUGCCUCCAUGCCUGCUGCCCAGUGCUGUAAUGGGCAAUAAGCCAAUGGAUGUAAACUAAUCCCAGCGAAACCCAUUGUGGUUCUGAUUAAAGGGAGACUGAUAUGAUUGCUCUGUGUUUUGCAGAAAGACUCCUGUCCGAUGCCGUCAGCCACUAUAACAGCCACGCUCUGCUCCUCACAAGCUGCUGGCAGAUAUCUGAGCGACAGGUCGGGCCUGAUUUGGAGCAGAGGCUCGACAUUCCCCAGCAAACCAGAGGAAACACGGUCACUCCCGCCGCCAUGAGCCGCAGCCCGGAGAGGAUCUCGUCCUACCGCCGUCACUUUGAGGACAGCAGCAGCUCGUCCUACCAGGUCAGGGUGUCCAGCCCAUCCCCCACCAGGAAAGACACCCGUCAUGCCUCCGCCGGUUACUCCUGCAGAGCCGGGGCCAGCGGCAUGCGCAUGAAGUCAGUGGGUCGGAGGACCGCCUCGGCUGCACGCAGGACUCGCAUGGCGGGAGCAGGGGUGAGUGCGGGCGCCAUGGUCUGUGUUGGGCCGGGUGGAGAAGUUCCUAUGGAUCUGGAUGUGGCUGCAGCCGAAAACCAAGAAUUCCUCAGCACCCGCACAACUGAAAGACAGGAGAUGGUCGUCCUCAACGACAGACUGGCUGUAUACAUUGACAAGGUUCGCUCUCUCGAGCAGCAGAAUAAGCUUCUGGAAUCUGAGAUCGAGGCCUACCAGAACCGCUUCCAGAGUCCAUCGGGUCUGCGCCUCUUGUAUGAGGAGCAGCUGAGGGAGCUGAAAAAGAUCGCCGACCAGAUGAGAGUUCAGCGGGACAUUUCCUUGGCGGCUACGAAGUCCACAGCUGCUCUACUGGAGGUGAUCAAAAUCAGAUACCAGGAGGCAGUGGAGCUGAGGAGGAAAGCUGAGUUAGACAUUGAAAUCUUCCGUCCAGAUGUUGACAAAGCCACCUCCUCGCGCAUCGCCUUGGAGAAGAAGCUGGAGCAGAUGGAAGUUGAAAUUGAAUUCCUCAAACGGGUCCAUCAACAGGAAAUUGAGGAGCUGAUGAAUCGGAUCUACUCGGCUCACGCGUCGGCUCACAGUGUGUUCGCCCUCCCUGACCUGGCAGCUGCGUUGAAACAAAUCCAAACGCAGUACGACGACAUCGCAGCCAAAAAUCUCCAGGAGAUGGAUUCAUGGUACAAAAACAAGUUUGAAGAUCUGACCAGUAAGACAACAAGGCACGUGGACAAGGUUCGAAGCGUUAGAGAGGAAAUAGCAGGUGCCAAAAAGGACAUCCAAAGCAAAGACCGUGACUUGGAUGCCAUGAAAAGCAAGAAUGAUGCUCUGGAGGCCAAGAUCCGAGAGACACAAGUAAAGUACAAGAAGGAGCUGGAAGACCUGCAGGCAUGGAUUGAGGCCCUGCACCUUGAGCUGAAAACCACAAAGACUAAAAUUGCACUGCACCUGCGCGAGUACCAGGAGCUUCUGAAUGUCAAGAUGUCUCUUGAGAUUGAGAUUACAACAUACAGAAAACUUAUUGAAGGAGAGGAUCUGCGACUCUCUGACAUGAUGCAAACCCUGUCCCUUACCAGCUGUAGCAUGGGUGCCAUUGGUGGUGGGAUGAGCUUCAGUGGAGGAGGAAGAGGAGGCAUGGGGGGUGGAAUGGGUCACGAGAUGAUGGCAGGUAGUGGUGGUGUUGUUGGAGGGAUGGGGAUUGGAGCGGGAAUGGGUGGGGGCAUGGCUCAAGGCAGUGGGGCUGGAGGAAUGGGUGUAAGAAUGGGUGCUGGUGGUCCAGAUGACAAGACUACUGGAAGGACAGGAGGGGCAGACAUUAGUGGUGUUCAUGGAUUGGGAGCUGGGGUUGGAGGUUUAGGAGCAGGUGCUGGGGGUGUCAGUAUGGGAGGCAUGGGAGGAAUGGGUGCCGAAGGAAUGAAUGGUGUUGGCGCAAGUGCUGACAUUAGGGGGUUGGGCACUGGUGCUGGAGGUGUGGGCACUGGGGCUGGAGGAAUGGGCACUAGUGCUGGAAGAAUGGGCAAUGGUGCUGGAGGAAUUGGAACUGGUGCUGGAGGAAUGGGCACUGGUGCUGGAGGAAUGCGCAGUGGUGCUGGGGGUGUGGGCAAUAAUGAUGGAGGUAUGGCCAUUGGUGCUGGAGGUGUGGGCAAUGGUGCUGGAGGAAUGCGCAGUGGUGCUGGAGGAAUGCGCAGUGGUGCUGGGGGUGUGGGCAAUGAUGAUGGAGGUAUGGCCAUUGGUGCUGGAGGUGUGGACAAUGGAGCUGGAGGAAUGGACACUGGUGCCAGAGGUGUGGGUAAUGGGGCCAGAGGUUUAAGCACUGGUGUUGGUGGUGUGGACACUAGGGCUGGAGGUGUAGGCACUGGUGCUGGAGGUGUGGACACUAGGGCUGGAGGUGUAGGCACUGGUGUUGGUGGUGUGGACACGAGGGCUGGAGGUGUAGGCACUGGUGGUGGAGGUGUGGACACUAGGGCUGGAGGUGUAGGCACUGGUGGUGGAGGUGUGGACACUAGGGCUGGAGGUGUAGGCACUGGUGGUGGAGGUGUGGACACUAGGGCUGGAGGUGUAGGCACUGGUGGUGGAGGUGUGGACACUAGGGCUGGAGGUGUAGGCACUGGUGCUGGAGGUGUGGACACUAGGGCUGGAGGUGUAGGCACUGGUGGUGGAGUUGUGGACACUAGGGCUGGAGGUGUAGGCACUGGUGUUGGUGGUGUGGACACGAGGGCUGGAGGUGUAGGCACUGGUACUGGAGGUGUGGACACGUGGGCUGGAGGUGUAGGCACUGGUGCUGGAGGUGUGGACACGAGGGCUGGAGGUGUAGGCACUGGUGCUGGAGGUGUGGACACGAGGGCUGGAGGUGUAGGCACUGGUGCUGGAGGUGUGGACACGAGGGCUGGAGGUGUAGGCACUGGUGCUGGAGGUGUGGACACGAGGGCUGGAGGUGUAGGCACUGGUGCUGGAGGUGUGGACACGUGGGCUGGAGGUGUGGGUGUUGAUGGAAAUUUGGGAUUCAAAGGUGAAUAUGGUGUUGGAAUGGGUGCUGAUGGUGGCACUGCAGGUUUGGGUGGCAUGAGCGGCACUGGCAUGGGGUUCAGUGUAGGAAAUGGCGGUGUUAGUGGAGGGACGGGUGAUGGGAAUGGCAGAGGCAGAGAUGGAGGUAAAGAUCGUGGAAUGGGUUCUCAUGGGAUGGCUGGCGGAAUCGGAGGCAAUAGAGGAGCUGAAGAUGUGGGGGCAGGUGUUGCACUGUCAGGCCUUGGUGGAAUGGGGAAGAAAGGUGGAGGAAUGGGUGACAAUGCCAGGGCCGGCAUGGGAUGUGGACCCGAUGGUUACGACGGCAACAAUGAGCCCUACACAGAGCAGGCUGUGGAGCUGACGGAGAGGAGGACUGUACUCAUCAGAACGGUUAAAAAUGAAGAUCAGGUGCUGGAGAUAGACCACCAGGAACAGACCUACAUUAUCUCCGGUGCAGCCGACGACUCCGACGAGGAAUGAGCAGCAUGAAUUCCCAAUUGACCUCCCCUCGCUGUUAAACCUCCACGCCCCUCUAAGUUUUUGCGCUGACCAAAGCCCAUGUCUGGGCACUGACCUUUGCCCUUUGCCCUGGACAAGAAGACCAUGAAUGACCCUUUGCCACAGAGUGAACACGUCACCUCACAAUGUUUAAAUAUGCCUAACUAGUAACACUAAACAUUGUCUCCAAACUUUUGUGUGCCUUAUAUACUCCCCCUCUUUUCUACUUGCUGCAAAUAAAGCUAUCAGCAUUCAA